GAGAUGUCGCUAUCUGCCAUCCUGUGAAACGAUAGCCACGCGCACGCGCACGCGCUUGCGCUUGGGACUUCGAGAAAAUGGCCGGCGCUGCUGUCCAAUCCGCCGCACUGUCGGCUCUCCCUAUCAUUGUUAAGCAGAAACAACCGCGACUGUGUCUUUUGCUCCUCCGUCAAGAAGCCGUCAUAGUCUUCACGGAGGGACUUCAUCAUCAUCCGAGCUGAGUUGCGCGUGUGGAUUGCUCCUCCUCCGUCAAGAAGCGCUACAGUUUUUUUUUUUUCUGCCAUGAAAAUUUGUUGUGAAGGUGUAUUUACCGGGAGAUAUUAGAAAAAACGGGGGGCCAUUUCUGCAAUUUCCCCAUGAUUUUUAAUCUGUUUCUGUUCUCCAUUAGGCCGAGUUCCACGUGCGCGAGAGAGGGGGCCAUUUGAGCGAGGUGUGUGUGUGUGUGUGUGUGUGUGUGUGUGUGUGUGAGAGAGAGAGAGAGAGAGAGAGAGAGAGAGAGAGAGAGAGAGAGAGAGAUGGAGGUGGUAGCAUUGACGGGUUCCCGGUCGCUAUUUGCUGUGAGAGAUGAAACGGGGUCCGUAUCGGGAUGCAGAUCCGGCUUAGGAGAGGGAUGCAGUAGACGUGGAGGGGGUAAGGUAGGCGGGGAAAGGUCGUGGAGAGUUCAAGGGCGUUCCCUCCUCCUCGGGGAGAGAAGAAAAUUCACGGAGGUUAACCUAAACAACAACGUCUUGUCGGCGGCUACAAUGCAGCUCGAGGCGGCGCAGCCGGCGGCGGCCCAUGCAGCGGCAGCGCUUUUGCCCCGCAGCGGAAGCGGAAGCGGAAGCGGAGGCGGAAGCGGAAGCAGAAGCGGAAGCCGACGACGGGGGUUAUCCUGCGAGCUGUGCCUCAAGAAGGCUUCUUCUUCGGAGAGACGCCCCCGACUUUCGUCGUCUGCGCGACCGGCCUUCGGGGCCAUCGCCCCCUCCUCCUCGUCCUCUUCUACUUCUACUUCUACUCCCUCCUUGCGGCUUUGUCGUAAUUCAGGCGGGCGGCAAAAUGGCGGAUCUGUCCGCACACCAGCGCGCGCAAUGCCAAUCCCAUGGUGGUCUUCCGAGGAGGACAUGAUUUCGAACCAGGUGGUGGCGGAAACGUGUUUUGCGCGGCGGCGGUCUGGAAAGUGCGGUGCCCCCCCCCCCGCGCACCGGCGGGCAGCUGGGCAUCGCUUCUGUCUGUCGGCGGCAGAUCGAUUCCCGCCGCCAUCAACGACUGUUUCCACUAUGCCCAACAGUGGCAGCAUCGGGGAGAAUGCUGAUGCUGUUAGUGAUGACAAGGACACUAGUACGCGCAAUCGCGACGCCAGCGCCGAGCACAGUAGUAAUGGCGACUGGACACAGUCGAGCACAACGGAGGAGGAUUUUGGAAGCGGUGACGUCACAACCUCGACGACGACGACGGUGAAUGGGACGGGGGGGGAGGAAUUGGUGGGCGGGGGGAGGGAACAAGAUGAAUGUCCAGGUGAUGAGCUAAGGGCCGCUGCUGAGAAGGCGGAAGAAGCGUACCAGAGGCAGUUUGUCAGCUGGUUCAGGGAGUCGUGGCCUUAUAUACAAGAACACAGGGGGUGCACCUUCGUCCUUGUCAUUCCUGGAAAGGUCGUGACUCAGCGCAAAGCAUUUUACGGGAUUUUGCAGGAUGUUGCUCUCCUGCAUGGAUUAGGAAUCAGGAUGCUUUUGGUGGUAGGUGCAUCCGAGCUAAUCAACUCUCUCCUACGGAAGAGAGGUGCUGAGGCCUCGUUUGCGCUUGGUCACCGGGUGACAGAUGAGGUAGCUUUAGAGGCGGCUAUGGAGGCAGCAGGCAGGAUUCGAGUCGAUAUCGAGGCCAAACUGUCAAAGGGGCCGGCGAUUCCCAUGCUGCGCCGUCAUGGGAAGAAUGACAGGUGGCAUGAUGUAGGGAUCAGCGUGUCGAGUGGCAACUACGUGGCCGCGAAGAGGGUCGGUGUUGUGGAUGGAGUGGAUUUUGGCGCCACUGGGGAGGUGAAGAAGCUUGACACUGUGCGAAUCAGGGAGCGGCUGAGCUCUGGCUGCGUCGUCGUGCUCAGCAAUCUCGGCUACAGUUCGACCGGCGAUGUACUUAACUGCAACACGUACGACGUUGCCAGGUCCGCUGCUAUCUCGUUGGGAGCAGACAAGCUCCUCUGUAUGACAGAUGGGCCAGUGCUUGCAGACAAUGGAAGGAUUAUCAAAUGGAUGACAUUACAGCAAGGCGAGGCACUGAUUCGAGAGCACGGCGGGCUGCACCACAUCUUCCCAGCGACCGGCCAUCCUUAUCACCCAGGCUCUGGACCCAACAAGAACAUAGCACCUGGUCAACGUUCCAGCCGACGAGGUAAGGCACCUCCUCCUCCUCCUCCGACGGACGGCGCCACAGCCGCAGUUGGUGUGGGAGGGGGGGGGGAUGCGGUCCAUGGAAAGGUUGAUUCUGCAGAACAACAGGAUGCCAACCAACAUCAUCAUGGGCAGCAGCAGCCAGUGGGGAAGAGUAGGGAGGAGGAGGUUCCUAGCUCAAGUAAAAGUACAUGUGCUAGGUAUCUUGCUGAGCUGGCGACGGCAGUGGACGCUUGCACCGGUGGGGUUCGCAGAGUGCACCUGAUUGAUAGCUCUGUUGAAGGAGCGCUGUUGCUGGAACUGUACACAAGGGAUGGGAUGGGCACUAUGAUAUCGAAUGACAUGUAUGAAGGCAUGAGAGCUGCGAGACGGCAGGACCUUGAGGCCAUAGCCAAUUUGCUAGCUCCACUGCAAGAAAUCGGCGUGCUUGUGAAGAGGUCGGAGAAGCAGUUGCUCCAGGAGCUCCCCUACUAUACCGUGAUAGAAAGGGAUGCCAACAUAAUCGCCUGUGCGGCACUGUUUCCACAUUUUCAAGAGAAGUGUGCGGAGGUGGCGUCGUUUGUUGUGUCCCCCGACUGCCGAGGGCAUGGUCUAGGGGACAACCUGCUCGCCUAUGUGGAGAAGCAUGCUGCAGAGAUGGGAUUGGAAAGGCUGUUCUUGCUGACCACAAGGACGGCGGAUUGGUUUGUGCAGCGCGGGUUCCUUCCAGCAGAUUCCUGCGUCAUACCGGAAGAAAGGCGGGCCAAGAUCAAUCUGCAAAGAAAUUCUAAGUACUUUCUGAAGAACCUCAAGGAACAUCGCUCCGCAGUUGGUCGAGCAUCUGGUGCAACACAUACAUCAGCAUCAGUUCAAUCGGAGCUCAGAUUCUAUAGGGUGGAAGAUGACGAGGAGGAGGAUGCUCCACCCUCACCCUCUCCUUGCAGACAAAGUGCUAAUGCUGAUCCGCUGGGUGAGUUCGACUGGUGAAGGGUGAAGAAAGCCCUGGAAUUGUCCCCUUUUGGGACCUAUGUAAUAUAUAUUUGUGGGGGAAUAGAAGUGAAUUGACAAUCUCAACGUGUCUCUUCUUCUCCUUAGCUGCGUAGCAACCAGCAAUGAGGUCGUACAUUGUGUGGUGGCUGCGUCGACGCCUGUGUUGGUGGGUGUGUGUGACUGGGUACACCGGGUCGCGGGGAAAAACGAGUACCCGUGCUGGGGUGGGGUCAAGUGCUCAUCUUGGGGCUUAACUUUCACCCCAGUCCACUUAGCCGUUUGGUUGAGUGCCAGCCUCCUGACCGGGAGGACGAGUGUUGGAUUCUUGGGAUCGUCACGGAAGCGUAAGAUUCAAUUCAAUUCUUCUUCUCUCUCUCUCUCUCUCUCUCUCUCUCUCUCUCUCUCUCUCUCUCUCUCUCUCUCUCUCUNCUCUCUCUCUCUCUCUCUCUCUCUCUCUCUCUCUCUCUCUCUCUCUCUCUCUCUCUCUCUCUCUCUCUCUCUCUCUCUCUCAUGUGUGUGUGUGCACAUGCAUGUGCUCAAGCAGCUGGUCGCGGAGCACGCAUACUCCGUUCUCUCUCUCUCUCAGUCAGUCACUUUGUGCGCCCGACUCCUACUCUCUCUCUGUCUGCCUGUUCUGCCAUUUUACCACUGCAAACAUGCAAGGUUGCCCGCAGACUACAUGAUCUACAUCAACGUGUGCCUGAAGUCGUUGUUUCGCGUACUGGUUUCCUAUCACUGUGGCUAUGAUCCACAAAACUUCGAACUUUGAUGAGCUGAGCUGUGUGUUUAAUUGGUGGGGUUCCUCCUUUUCUGUGGAUGGUUGGCAGCCGUCGCUUCGCACCAUCAGGUGCGCACGUGAGCGGUAAGUUGUGGCCAUGCAAUUUGAUCUACUGCGAAUUGUGUAUCCACUGCUAGAGCUUGCUGUCAUCAAAUGCCAAGCUGUCGCCCCUCUCUCUCUCUCUCUCUCUCUCUGAGGUCCCACGCUGACCUCAAAAAGACUGUUCAUGGUGUACAUUUGACGGGUCCACAUUGACUUGCCGCCAGGGCGCUGGAGCGCAGCCCGUCUGUAGCAGAUGUGAGGCACAGAAGGCAAAGGGGGGCGGUGUAGUAGGCCAGGGGCCUGGUAUCUGUGUAGGCAAAAUUUUGAAAUAAGUCGUUUGGCAGAUACUUUGCUACUGCUAUAUCUUCAACUUUCGUGCCAGCUUAUGCUAUGGCCGAGCAGUAGCAAAGGGGAGGUCCAGUAGUAGUAGCCAAAUGGGAGGUUGGGCAGGACUAUGGUCCGUCCGGUUUCUUUUUUCAGGUGCGAAGAAGUCUUGUGAAUCCUCAUGAUUAUUCGCUGCAUAGUCACUCUAGCACUUUCCUGAAAGUAUCAGACUGCCAUUACGACCAGACCUGGAUGCAUCUGGCUGUAAUCACGUCCAGAGCUCAGUCGAACAGUCGUAGUCGUUGACAGAGCAUGGAUGUUUGGUCUAUGCUGGCAGUUAGAUGCUGGGAAGAUCUAGGCCAGUAAAUAAGUUUCGCCGAUGUUCAUGGCGCAUUGGCGCUGACCAUUUUACUUCUUUCAUAGCUGUCCAAGGUUGCAAGGAAAAGCUAUGCUAUGCUGAAACUCCACCCAGUUAGCUGCGGGGAAGAUCUAGGCCAGCAAAUAAGUUCCGCUCAUGGCGCAUUGGCGCUCACCAUUACUUCUUUCAUAGCUGUCGAAGGUUGUGAGGAAAAGCUACGCUAUGCUGCAAGUCCACCCAGUCAGUCAGAAGACAGUCUGGCCACUCAGCGCGUCGGUUCGGCGGUCGUCCCAAGACUAAGCACGUAGUCGAACCAAGACUAAGCACGUAGUCAUCGUGCCAUUGUUGUGACCGUUGCAGACCGUUGCAGACCGUUGCACACACAGGAGAGUUGUUUCCGUUGCAGACGGUGUGAAGGAAGGGGCAUUGAUGUCAUUCUUCUAGUGUAGUUGACAUUCUUCUAGUGUAGUGGAUAUUAUUCUAGUGUAGUGGAUAUUUUUCUAGUGUAGUGGAGGUUUUUCUAGUGUAGUGGAUGUUUUUCUAGUGUAGUGGAUGUUUUUCUAGUGUAGUGGAUAUUCUUCUAGUGUAGUCGAUCGUGUGUCGAAGAGGUACAUUGAUGUGGUAUUUUGUCAUGAACUUGCUCCAGUGCGCAGGGUUGAUUUAGUUGAAAGUGAGUCGAAGAGGUAUACAGUGAUUUGGUACGGUCACGAACUUGCUCCGAUGCAAGGUUUCUUCUUGGAUUUCGAAUAGGAUUGGAUUGGACAAACUUAGGAUUUUUCAGGGUUGGAGUGUGCGUAACUCCGACAACAAAUUCGUCGAAAUGUUCUCGUUGUCUAUCUUGUUAUAUGAACUUAUAUAAUGUUUGUAUGUACUAUGUUUUACCUUUUGUAAAGCAUUUUUCUGUUUUUCUUCGAGUUGUUGUCAUCAGAGUUCUGCUUGCCAAAGGCAUCCAGCUUGUUUAUGGACUUGGAUGUAUAAAGGACCUGAGGUUGGCGGCGAGUUUGAAGUUGACUGGUCCAAAGGGUGAGAGAUUGGAGAAAUAGAAAGAUGAUGGGCAUUGACUGUGGUCUUCUUCUAGCGAUGAGUGGACAACGAACCGAAGGAUUUCAGGUUUCAUAUGGUCCUUACUUAGGUUCAUGCAACCGGAAUU